AAGUCAGCCAAGACAGCCAAGCUAUUAUAAUGACAUUAAAUACUGAUGGAGUUGGAAUCAAGUAAUCCCAUAGAUGGAAUGAUUUGAGAUAUUUGGUGACUGGAGAUUCUUUUAAAACUAUUUCAUAUAGUUUCCGAUUAGGUCAUUCAACUGUAAGUGAAAUUGUAAAAAACACGUGCCGAUCUAUUGUCGGUACACUUAUGAAAGAAGUAAUGCCAGUACCAAUAGAGGAAUUAUGGAAAAAUAUAGCGCAAGAUUUCGAAACAUUGUGGAACUUUCCAAAUUGUAUAGGCGCCCUUCAUGGAAAACACUGUACUAUCGAAGCCCCUGCUAAUAGUGGUUCAGUAUAUUACAAUUACAAAAACACAUUUUCCAUAGUGUUAUUAGCGUUAGUUGAUGCGCGUUACAAAUUUAUUAUAGUUGAUAUUGGUUCUUAUGGCCGAAACAGCGAUGGCGGUAUCUUUGCGCGUUCUACUCUAAGGGAACGCUUGGAAAACGGUAAUCUAAAUAUACCUGCAGGAAAAUAUUUACCCAACUCAACAACGUUUGCACCGUAUGUUAUAGUUGGUGAUGAAGCAUUUCCGCUAAAAAAUUAUUUAAUGCGACCAUAUCCAGGACGCCAAUCAAUCGCAGAUACUGAUAAGACUUAUUUCAAUCACAGACUCUCAUUGGCUCGGCGAUUGGUGGAAAACGCGUUUGGUAUUCUAACACAAAGAUUUAGAAUUUUUUGUAGAAGAAUUAAAAUGGCGCCAGAAAAUGUUAACUAUGUUAUUCUAUCAACCUGUGUACUACACAAUUUCUUACGUGAACGAAAUGACAACACAUAUCUGGUCUAUAGUCAUAGCUUUAAUGCAGAAAAUUCACAACCACAUCUGAGUUCCACGGUGGCAACCGUAGGGAUCGGACGUGUUUAAGAAGGAGGAGAGUUUUUAGGGAGUUUGUUUCCAGAGAUUUUUCUUGGGGCGUAGUGUUUUAAACAAAAAAUUUUUUAGGGGGUUAGUUUUAUUAGUGAGUUUUGUCAUUGGGGGUUGCCUAAAUAAGCAGACCCCAGAAAAAUAGAAGGAAGAGAGAACGUGUUAACUCCCUGUGGCGAACCGUUGCCGCAGGGAGGGAUCUUAGCUCCAAACCCAAAGAAGGGAAAGAAGAAGAAGGAUGGCAGAAUAAAAGAGAGAAGCAAAAGUGAAGGAGAAAGACUGAAGAAAACUAAGGAUAUGGAUGUCGCAAAUAAAGGUGGUUCGGAAGAUUUUGAAGCGGAAUAUUUGGACGAAGACGUUGAAGCUAGGGAGUUUUUUGAAUUCCUUAAGAAGAAUAAGAGACCGUUAGUUAGUGCCAACAUUGAGGAGAUAAAUAUCGUAGAAGAAAACAAGGAGGCCGAAGACAAAGAAAAGUCAACGGAAAAGACUAGGGAGAAACUUGAUAGCCCAGAGAGGGCAGCACUAAUAAGUGUUGGUACCCCUGCCCGAAAUAAGGGGAAGGAAGAAGAAGAAGCGGUGUCGCAUUCUCAAAGGUACCCGUUGGACGAUAAAGACGUAUGUGAAGAAAGCAGGAAAACGAGAAAGAGAGGUGCUGAAGAAGGAACCAUAGUAGUAUUGGAAGGUAACAAAAGAGAUAAAAGAGAAAGGAAAAAUGAAGAAGAUCCUACAAGUUUUCUGUCUUCUCCAAUAGUUGAAAGGGAAAAAGGCAGACACGUGCAGCAAGAAGAAACGGCCAGUGACUCCACAGAAACAAAAGAAGAAAGUAAGGACGAGAAAGAACGAAAGAAAGGAACUGAGAUAGGAAAGAGACAAGAAAAAAGCUUUAGAAGACAAGGUGAGAAUAAACAAAUGUACCUGGAAGAAUUGAAGAGUCGAGAAUAUAUGAUUACGAUGGUCCUUAAAAAAGUAAACUCUAGUAAAUUCAAAAGAAAUAAUAUAAUUAAGAUUUAUAAAAUUAUGGGAACAAUGGCACGCUCUCUACGCGGCUUAAAAAUGGUGGGCUACAAUAAAGCUGAACUUACUUUUAGCGACAUGGCGGCAGCGAACGCAAUCCUCAAAAUGGCGGAACAAGAAGGUGCGCUGUUUGAGGCUUACUUACCGGAUAGGAAAAGAUUUAGAAAAGGAGUGAUUACUGAAGGGGAAGAUUCUAUUGAGGAGCUGAUAGACUUCGUUAUGCCUGGACAAGGAGACUUCGAGUUUAAGAGGCUUAGGAAAAAAACGUAUAACAAUGGUGUUAGUAAAUGGACUGAAGGUGUAGCAAUAUUGGUUACGGUCAAGGGAUACCGGUUACCAACGGAAAUUAAGAUUGGUGAGGGUCAUGUGGGGCUCAGAGUAUUCCCAUAUGUAGAACCAGUGAAGCAAUGCUAUAAGUGUUUUGAAUAUGGGCAUAUCCAAAAGUUCUGCAAAGCGCUUAAGAAAUGUUUAGUGUGUUUGGAGCGAGAACAUGGGUUAUGUGAAAAAUCCGCGGUGUGUAUAAACUGUAGGGGGAAUCACACAUUUCUAUCAAAGACUUGUUGGAUGUUUCAACGAGAGAGGGCGAUUCGUAAAGUGAUGGCGUAUAAAAAUGUGGCUUACGUAACAGCAAAAGGCAUUGUGGCCAGACAAAUUGGCGAAGACUGGGAUAACGAAGCGAUUGGUAGAGAUGGGGGAAGCAGAGACUUUCCAUCUUUCCCAUCAUUACCAAAGAGGAGGACAGAAUACUGGGAGUCGAAAGAAGUCCCCUUAAAUGACGAGCUAGAAGAGUUACGAGAAGCAAAGAAUAAAGCAGGCGCAAGUAUGAGAGGUGCGAGAAGAUGGGAAAAAGAGCAGGAUGUGUCGAAAAGUUUUCCCACCCAAGGAAGAGGAAGAGGAAGAGGCAGAGGUAGAUUAGGAGAAGAAGAAAGAAUGAGGCUGUCCAGGAGUAGGGGUCCACAAAGCCCAGCUAUACGAGUAGCAAACGUUUAUGAAGCGCUCCAAACAGAAGAAGAGGAGACGAAUCAGGAAGAAACCGAAUACGAAUAUGGAAAUGGUUUGCCAGUGGAAAGGGCGAUAAAAAGGAUUAGCAAUAUUGAACAAAGAGCGCAAAAAAGACUAAUUGAACAAUUGGAGAAAAAAAGAGAAGAGGAUUUCCUUGCGGACCUCAUGAGACUUAUAUCCGAUAAGGGGUACGAGCAAGAAGUAGAGAAGCUUCUAAAUGAUAAGAAACCUACAAGUCAGAGGACGGAAGAGGAGGAGUACAUAUACUGGAAUGUUACUAAACAUAGACCGGAUUGGCAUGUACCAAUCCCAGAGAAAACGAAGGAAAAACUGAGAAGGAGACAAGAGAGGUAUGAGAAACAAAAGGAAGAGAAAGAAGCAAAAGAAAAAGAAUUUGAGGAAAUGGCAAUCCGUGCCCACCAGGACUUCGGUUGGACAAGGGAAAGAGCAAAUCAGGAAGAGGAUUACAGAAGAGGAAGACUGGAGGAGCUUAUGAAAAGAAUAGAAGGCAGAAUGCGUGAUAAAAAAAUAGUUGAGUAUGAGGACGAGGCAUCAGGACAAUAAAGUGUGGUUUUGUGUGUGGAUAAAAACUUUGAGCGUAUGGUGUGUAAUAAAUGGUAAUGAGUUCAAUUUAAAUGUUAAGAUAAAAAUGGAAUAUCAAUCAAGGAUGCACUUUUUGUUUAGGAGAAAAUUCUAUUUUAGUUUUAUCU